AUGUCACUUUAGCAAAAUAAGAGCAAAAAUCAAGCAUUGAUCACAACUCAUUCAAUUUCAAGAAAUCCAAGACCUCUUCAACCUGUCAACCACUUGGCUGACUUAAAUCAAGGUCAAUGCAUAAACUAAUAGCAAAACUCAAUCGAAAGAAAAUAGAAAAAUAAAGGGAGUGCUAGGGAAAAUUCGAAUAAGUAGUCAACAAAUAUCGAAAAAAUUAGACCACAGAGAUAAUAAGAUCAAGGUACUGAUCAGUAGAAGUAAUAGAGAAUCAGUAUUAAUAAUUAAUAAGCCAACAAAAAUAUGGACUAUCUUUCCGAUAGUAUUGGUAGUCAGAUCAACAAUAUGGUACUGUCAUAAGAAUAGAGUUCAAGCGACAUAAGUUCUUGGGUAUCUCAGUCUGAAUUACAAAGAUGCCUAGGGGAAAGUGAUGAUAAUAAUCUAUAAUCAAGUCAAAAUAACACUACAGAAAAUUUGCCUAGAAGGAGCAAGAAGCGUCGAUUUGACUCACUAGAUAACUCGAAUCCUAAGAAUGAAAAUACUGAUGAAAAGCCCAGAAGGCAAAGACGCAAGCUGAAUGAGGAAGAAACUAAAGAGGAAAUUGAUGGACCAAUUAUCAUAGACCUUAAGAAAAGUGCGCAGGAAGUAGCAGCAAUUAAUAUAGAAUAGGAAUCCCUAAGUGAAGAUUAGCAAUUGUUAAAUAAUCAUCACAGCCUAAACAAUGCAAUCGGGGAUUAGUAAUAGCCAAGAGAUUCACUGAAGAAAAGGAGACUUCAAAGAAUGCAAGAUAAGAUUGAGAAUAACAGACAGUCAAUUGCAAACUUGAAUCCCUCCAAAUAAGAUAAGAUAUGUACCAUCUGCUAAUGCGAAAUGGAAGAUAAUGAUUAAGCCUCACUUGAAAGUUGCAUUCAUUUGUUCUGCUUUGUGUGUAUCAAGGAAUGGGCGACUAAAGCUGAGAAUACUUGUCCUCUCUGCAAGUCUAAAUUUAACAAAAUCAUUUACAGAAAUUCAGAGGGUGAGACACAGUAGAUGAACAUAGAGAAUAAAAGAUAAAGAAUAGAUGAUGAGGAGUUAAUGAUAGACACAGAUUCUGAUGAUGUCUGCUAUGUAUGCCAGCGAGGAGACAAUAUCGAGUCAAUGAUUAUUUGUGAUCUGUGUGACUAUAGAGUAGCUCACACUUAAUGCCUAGGCUUUGGAGAUGUUGUUCCAGAGGAUGAUUGGAUUUGUGACUAUUGUACUGGUGAAAGAGAGAGUUCAGAAGAUGAAGACUGGGAUUAAUCUUCUUCAGAGGAUUCCCAUUCUAUGAUUAUCCCUGAUUGGAGAAAUGGCUUGAGCUAACUAAGAUAAGCUAUGAGCAGAAUGCAUUAACUUGAAAGAUUCGGUCAGCGUUCUGAUUUAGAGUCCUAUAGCUAAGUCAGUCUUAUGGGAUUAAGAAUUCCUGGAUCAUCUUUUUAAUUCACUACAAGCAUCCGCAAUUAACCGAGAACUCAACCAGCUUCAAAUAAUUAGAGUAAUUUAAGAAAUCUUAGAGGAAAUAAUCGCUAGAACCAUGAAUAAAGAAAUUAAAAUGCAAACAAUAAUAGAAGCAAUUAACCAGCUGGUAUAAGUAGAUAAUCAAGAAGAGGGUAUUAAUCCACCAUAUAAGAAAUAACAUCAAACAAUCGCAAUAAUCAAAGAAGAGUCAUAAAUAAUUCGGUAAUAGAGGAAGAUGAAGAUUAGGAAGAGCAGAUUAUCAAUCAGUAUAAUAAUGAAAUGAGAAGAACAAGAAGAUAGCCUGUAUUAGAUGAGGACUAGAAUUAGACUAAAACCAAUGGGACUAUCAAUCAAGGAAACUAAUAGUAAGAAGAAUUUAUUAUUCCACAGCCGGUUUAUACAACAAUACCAUCUGAUUCUCCCAGAGGUAUUGAGCAUCAUACAGUGAUUAAGAAAGGACAUGUUCAAAAUGAAAAUCAACUAAUGAGUUUCGCAAAAGAGUUUACUGAUAAAAUAAGUUAGACACUUGGAGUGGAGGAGUUAUCUGGAAGAAAAGCUUGGAAUGUUGAGAUUCAAAUCAAAAUUAAAGAAGAUAGAUUGUAGCCUAAUAUGUAAGUGCAGAGACCACGAGUUCAUUUAGAAAGUUUAGAAGAGGAAAAGUAGGAAUAGCCUAGACAUCGAGCUGGUUAAAGAAGAAGAAUAGAUUCAACAGUAAGUAAUCAUUCUCAAGAUGUAUCUAAUCGUCUCAACAUCAACCGGUAAAUAUCAUUAGCUCUAAUUUUAUAAAGAAACGGAAGGAAUGUCAAUACUGCUCCAACAGCUGUAGCAAAUAAUUAAGCAAGAUCCUAGACGACCAAUACAAGACGCUUAAAUCGAAGAAGCACUACUUAGAAAUCUGAAAGCAGUGAGGAGGAUUACGACAGUUAUCUCGGACUCAAUAAACAAUAAAAAUCCAAGUUCGAAAUCAAAGACUUUGUUGACUCAGACAGUGACUCAUAAGAUUCAUCUCUUGACUCGAGACAGAAAAGAAACCAAAAUAAUUUCCUUAGAUAGUAAAACUCUAAUAAUAGAGGGGGUCGAGGUGGAAGAGUGAAUAAUGAUAGACAAAUGCUUGGAGCAGAUUCAAGCUUGAUUAGCAAUAUUGGAACUACAACAACUAGAACUGCCAGAGGAGGGGCAAGAGGUCGUGGAAGAAGAAAUUGA